AUGGGCUGUGGACCAUCCAAACCAUCCGUCCCUCCAAACGAAAAACAUCAACGCCGAUCCACCAGAGGUGCAUACGCACCUCGCGCGAGUGAUGGAAACGGUCUCCACGCAUCACGACCCAUUGGCAUCUCAUCAUCUCACCGCGCCGUAUCCACCCGCGUCAUGAAUGGAUAUGCGAGCUACCGCCACGCACAAAAAAAGAGUCACAACACCCUCGCCGAAGUGUCGACUGCGCGAAACCCUCAAGAAGAACAAGAUAGAGUGAAGGAAUCGAGAUUGAGCUGGACGAUUCCGGAAAGAAGAUCUUCGCUAGGGGUUAUUAGGCCGGGUGCACAAACCAAUGGAGGCGGCACUAUCGAUGCCGGUAAGCUUGGAACCGGCACACUUGAAGCUAGCAAAGUCGGAGCAUAUACGGGAAGACGUCGAAUCGGUCAAUCGGUCAGUAAUCCGGGUCUGAGCGCUGUACCACCGUCGAUGCGAAGACAAGAUGAAGAUGAUUUUGGUUCUCGACCUGUCUCGCCUGUUAGUUCGGUCGGUACGACGAAGUGGGAUCGUCCUGGAUUCGUUGUUAGGGGCUGA